AUGUCCGAACAAUUAUUAAUGAAUGCCAUAGAGAAUGGCGAUUUACAGCAAGUCUCUACAUUAAUAGUUGAAACCAACGCGAACGUCAAUUACAUUGAUUUUCAAAAUAAGGGCUACACGCCCUGCCAUUUAGCAGCAGAGAAGGGUCUUAUGAGUGUCUUGGAAUUAUUAUUGACAUACAAUGGUGAUCCGAAUAUUCCGAGUGAUGAUCAAGUGGGUUCUCAAACGCCUCUUCAUCUUGCAACCUCUAAGGGAUAUAAGAAAAUAGUAGAAACUCUUUUAAAUUAUUAUGCAGAUCCAAACAUGCAAGACGCGAACGGCUACACUCCUUUACAUGUUGCAUGUCGGAAGGGAUUUCUUGAAAUUUCAAAACUGUUAUUGGCAAAAGGAGGUGAUCCCGAUAUUAAGGAUCAACAAGGUAAAACAGCCUAUUAUUGGGCUCAAGAAUACAAACACGAUGAAAUUCUUCCGUUUUUAGUUCUCUUUUCAGCCAUGAAGGAAUCUCCUUCGUUGCCUAUUGAACCAACCGCAGAAGUGAAAGUGAGAGAAAAACUUGCUCUGUAUGACUAUACAAAACAUCAUGAACAAAACAAAAUUACGAUUCAUGUCAUUAAAAAACCAGAUUCCGCAGGAAAGAAGAAGAAGACAACCACAAAGAAAAAGAAGAGUAGUAAAUAG